AUGGUAACUCGAAAUUUUGCCGUUCAGCACCUGCUCAAAGAUCCAGGCGCUUCACCCAGCCGAUCUUGGCAGAACGAGGAGCCUACACACAUCACAUCUGGACCAAUCCAGUCCUUCUUCAUCUCCGAGUCUCCUUUAUCUCCUCGCCAUGUCCUGAGUUUUCAUUACGCCUCCGAUGGUCCUGUUCAGACCUCCUUUGUCUCCCUCGUCUCCGCUUGUCCCAUGCAGCUCUCCUUCGUCUCCCUAGACUCCCUCCUCCACUGGUCCCGCUCUAGCUUUCUUGAGUCUCCUGAGUCUCUGCUUCUCCAGAAGAACUCUUCUGUGCUCUGGCAAGAAACAGAGCAAUACGGGAAGAAACAAGAGCAGAUAGAGGAGGUGUAUCGGCAGGACUGUGAUAUAUUUGGGAUGGUUGUGAAGAUGUUGGUGGCCAAGGAUCCAUCCUUGGAGAAGCCAAUUCAGCUGUCUCUGCGUGAAAACCUGAGGGACAUUGGCAUGCGUUGCAUCAAGGCCAUGGAGCAGUUCAUCCACGAGUAUGACUCCAGAGAGCUAGAAGCUCCAUCGGGCUCCCUCAAGCAAAGCCCAGCUGAAUCUCCUCCUCAUGCACGCUACCUUCAAAAUGAGCUCCGCUUUAGCUUUAUUGGAGCUUUUCAUUUACAUAGUCAAAAGAAUUACUUUUAUUACACCUUUGUUUUCCUUUUCUUGGUAAACAGAGGAUGCUCCACGUAUCUGCCUGAUUGAAAAAAAGUCUGAUUUUGUCAUUAAGCAAAUUCGUGAACUUUUCUGGCCUUUAUCGCUUGCAAACAGUAACUACAGCAUCUAUUCCCUGUCGAGCAACAAGUUUAAAAUAUUGGUGCUCUUCAGAGUAAGAAAUACAGAUUUUAAUUUAUAGAAACGCAAACGCAUCAUGUAAAUUAUUAGUUGCACUUCCUGUGCUAAAAUAAAAUGUUG